GGACUGGAGCAUGUUGUUAGUCGGACAGUAUUAUUGAACGGACCGAAAACAUGUCUGCCCCGUGAGCAGCUGCAGCAGGACCCAGUAGGAAGGUGUCUGUGGACUUUUUAUCUAAGCUCUUGUUGUAGUUGUAAUAUGUUGAUGGAAGGGCUGUGAGGUGAAAACAUGAGUUUUGUUCGUCAUGUCGUGCUCGCCAUGUCUGGGGGCGUAGACAGCUCUGUAGCGGCGCUGUUACUGAAGAGGAGAGGCUAUAAUGUAACAGGAGUUUUUAUGAAGAACUGGGACUCCCUGGAUGAGGAGGGGGUUUGCACUUCAGAGACAGACUGUGAAGACGCCUACAAAGUAUGUCAGAUCCUGGACAUCCCCUUCCAUCAAGUGUCUUACGUGAAAGAGUACUGGCACGAAGUUUUCAGUAAGCUUUUAAAGGAGUAUGAGAAGGGCAGGACACCAAAUCCAGAUAUACUGUGCAACAAGCAAAUCAAGUUCAACCACUUCCACAAUUAUGCCGUCAACACACUGGGUGCUGAUGCUAUGGCAACAGGCCACUACGCCAGGACGUCACAGGAAGAUGACGAGGUCUUCCAACAGGCGCACACAACUCCACCUACAACUCUCUUCAGAGAUCGAUUUGAGAUUAGAAAUCCGGUCAGAUUGUACAAAGGAGCAGAUUCCCUCAAAGACCAAACAUUCUUCCUUAGUCAGAUCUCCCAAGAUGCCUUGCGACAAACCCUUUUCCCGUUAGCUGGACUUACAAAGGAAUUUGUCAAAAAGAUUGCUGCUGAGGCAGGAUUUCACCAUGUCCUGAAACGGAAAGAGAGCAUGGGAAUCUGUUUCAUUGGAAAGAGAAACUUUGAACAAUUUAUCUUGGAGUAUCUGGAGCCUAAACCAGGGAACCUUAUCUCCAUUGAGGACGGAACUGUCAUGGGGAAACACAAAGGCUGGUUUACUCUGACGCUAGGCCAAAGGGCAAGGAUAGGAGGAACAAGGGACCCCUGGUUUGUUGUUGAUAAAGACAUUACUACUGGAGAUGUCUCUGUGGCUCCAACUACCAAUCACCCGGCUCUCUUCCGUGACACGUUGAAGACAGACCGUUUUCACUGGCUCGCAGUAGACCCGCCUCCUGAACUUGCCAGGACCCAGAUGAUGGAGUGUCAUUUUCGCUUCAUCCACCAGAUGCCACUCACUCCAUGUACAGUGACACUGAACAUGAAUGGCUCUAUUUGGAUUUCACUCUCCCAGCCAAUCAGAGCUCUGACACCUGGACAGUUUGCCGUGCUCUACAAAGGAGAGGAGUGUCUGGGUAGUGGAAAGAUAAUCCAACUGGGGCCGAGUGAAUUCAUUCUCCAGAGGGGCAGAGAGCGGUUGGUAGCAGCUGCGCAGCUGAAGGAGCAGCACACCCCUGAACCCGACAGCUGAGAUGAGCUCACUGGGAGAUACUUACUCAUGGGAGUAAGCUCUGUCUUGUAAUUAAGGUUCCUGUUCCCAGAGUUCACUGUCUUUUUGACAGGCGUUUGUGUCAUGGCAACUGUCCAUUUGGGCUUUAGAUAUUAUGAAGUUGUCUUGCUAGUUGGUCAAAAGACCCAUAUCUGUGUGUUUUGAAGCAGAAAUGGAAGGUACAAGGAUGUUUUACUAGGUAGCAGUGAUAUCUUAUUUGAAAAAAAGUCACUUUUUAGACUUCUCUUUUUUUAUCUUACAGACCUGAAAGAUCUAAAACAUCCAAGUCAUUGCUGUCUGGUACAUAGAGGUAUAAGAAAAUGAUGUCAGUAGAUCUGUUGUUAUUUGUCAUUGAUUUUAAAGGUGGCCCAAAGAUUCGUGUAAGUGAAUUUAAGGCAAAAAUGUUUUUUGAUAUUUGGAGUCUGAGACCUUUUAUUUAAGUCACAAGAAACCUAUGAAUGAAGGUUUCAUGCCAAGGAAGGUGGCACGAGAGGAUUUGGAAGGCUACUUGCUUAACCAAACAUGAUGGUGUUAAUUACAUACAGGGAAAUAAAAAAUGGCUUACUUUUUAUCAAUAAAUCAAUCAAUCACUUUUUAUUUGUAUAGCGCCAAAUCACAACAAACGUUAUCUCAAG